GGAGCGAUAGCUACAAUGGAUCCUCCUGCGGGCUUUGUGUACGCUCGGAAUCCAGCUGUCGCCGCCCCAUAGAGCCCCCUGCCCCUGGAGAGCCCACAGUUCCGGGCCGCCCACCAGCCGGGUCGCGUUGGUAGCCGCUGCCCCAGCGGAGCCAAGAGCUGCUCCCGCCUGUUCGUGGCCAUUCGGCCCCAGUCGCCCCCCGAAAUGCCGGUCGACUUCACCGGAUACUGGAAGAUGCUGGCUAACGAGAAUUUCGAGGAGUACCUGCGCGCGCUGGAUGUCAAUGUGGCCUUGCGCAAAAUCGCCAACUUGCUGAAGCCAGACAAAGAGAUCGUGCAGGACGGCGACCAUAUGAUCAUCCGCACGCUGAGCACUUUUAGGAACUACAUCAUGGACUUCCAGGUUGGGAAGGAGUUUGAGGAGGAUCUGACGGGCAUAGAUGACCGCAAGUGCAUGACCACGGUGAGCUGGGAUGGGGACAAGCUCGAGUGUGUGCAGAAGGGUGAGAAGGAGGGACGCGGCUGGACCCAGUGGAUUGAGGGUGACGAGCUGCACCUGGAGAUGAGAGUGCAGGGUGUGGUCUGCAAGCAAGUAUUCAAGAAGGUGCAUUGAAGCCUGGGCAGGCCUUGGUCUCCAGGAAUGAGCGGCAUGGACGUGUGGGCCAGGAAGCCCCUCUGCACAGCGUGGGGCAGGAAUGUCUAGCCACCCCCACGUAUCUGUUAGCAGUCUUUCUUGGCUUUGUCCCUUUUCCUUUUCUUAAAACAAAGCCAUCCAAUAAAAGUGAUUUCUGCUCGA